AAGAAGAGCUGGAAACACCUGAUGGUCUCUUUGGGACAAUCCGCUCCAUUUCUAACUCCCCCUCUAAACUGUCGGAAGAUACAUCUACCUCCAGCUUUAAUUUUUUUUGUCAAGUUGUGUUUGUUUUCUCUCCUGAAAAAAGCAACAAGUUACCAAAGCCAGAGCAGAACUGCCCCUCUCCUCUUUUUUCAUCCAAAGAAGUAUUGAUAAGGAGACUUUGCACUACUCUUUUUUGUUGUUGUUGUUGUUCUUAUUUAUUGUAUUUUGCACUAACGAUGCACACCACGCAAAAGGACACGACCUACACAAAGAUUUUUGUCGGGGGUCUUCCCUACCACACCACGGAUUCAAGUCUCAGGAAAUAUUUUGAGGUGUUUGGUGAGAUUGAAGAAGCGGUGGUCAUAACCGACAGACAGACCGGCAAGUCCAGGGGUUAUGGAUUCGUGACGAUGGCAGACCGCUCAGCUGCAGACCGGGCCUGUAAGGACCCCAACCCAAUCAUCGAUGGCAGGAAGGCCAAUGUCAACCUGGCCUACCUGGGGGCUAAGCCAAGGGUGAUGCAGCCAGGUUUUACAUUUGGUGUUCCUCAGAUUCAUCCGGCAUUCAUCCAAAGGCCUUAUGGCAUCCCGGCCCACUAUGUGUAUCCUCAGGCCUUUGUGCAGCCUAGUGUGGUCAUCCCUCAUGUGCAGCCAACAGCCACUGCACCUGCCACCGCAUCAUCCCCUUACAUCGACUACACCGGAGCUGCCUACGCUCAGUAUUCUGCAGCCGCAGCCAGUGCUGCGGCUGCUGCAGCAUACGAGCAGUAUCCUUAUGCCGCUUCACCUGCUGCCGGGGGUUAUGUGGCAACUGCUGGCUAUGGCUACGCAGUUCAGCAGCCUUUAGCCACCGCCGCCCCAGGCUCGGCUGCUGCCGCAGCUGCAGCCUUUGGCCAAUACCAGCCUCAGCAGCUGCAAACCGACCGCAUGCAAUAGCAGCCACUGCAGCCACUGGACAUGUGGGGGGGGAGUCCCGCCCCAAGCCACAGCUGAGUGGUCACGAGAAGGAGCCAUGAAGGAAAAGGAAGAGAGAGUGGUCUUAAGGGUGGGUGUGUCAGCGACUCAGAGGCAGUUGCUUUUCAAAGGUCAUGAUGGUGGUGGUAGUGAUGAUGAUGAUGAUGAGGUGGGAACUUUUUACAGUAACUUUCCAACUUGCUGUGCUUCUACCAAAAAAAUGAGAAAAUGAAAAAAAGCCGCAGAACAAAUAAUGAAAAGUGAUUUACUCUUAUUGUUGUUGUUAUAACUAUUAUUAUUAUAUUAUUAUUAUCAUUACUAUUAUCAUUGUAGUAGAGUACUUAUUUCUAGAGAAGAAAUGCAGGAACUAAUCACUGUGGUUGGUAUAGGUGUUAAACUAAGCCUUUAAGUCCUAUUGCUGUCUUUAACGUUAGUUUAAGAAACUGUUGUUUCACUUGUGGAAUGCCACAAGUGUUUGGUUUUUUGAUGCCCUCAUAACACACACACGCACACACAGACAUACAAACAUACACACACACACACACACACACACAUAUAUGUAACUGUUAUUAUAAUAUACUGGGGGCUCUCCUUGUUCUUUUUGUCUUUUCAAGUGCAUUUUUGGAGUUUAUAUUUCUGAUAAUCAGGGAAAUGGAACCGUUUCCAACGUGUUAACUAUUAUUAUGUGACCUCUGUCAGGAAGUUGAGGAACUGAAAAGUCGUAACUUAUUGUGUCACACAUAUUUGAAGAACUACCUUAUCUUUCUGAUGCUGAAUGUCCCUUUUUUAUUCUGUGUCUCAACCUCUUGACCUAUGCAAAGCAAGCAAAUCACCAGGAGACAAAAUAAAAGAAGAAAAAAAAAAACAUGGGGGAAAACAAAAACAAAGAAAAGACACAAAAAACUGAAAAUGUCAUCAACUCUGACUUGACUCUUGGACUAAAGGGGGACUUGGCAAACAGAACAAAGGCACUGACAAAAGGAGAGAGGUUGAAAAUGGCUUCGGACAAUGAGAAACACUAAAUCAGUUGCUUUUCCACGUUUCACUCACACACGCACACAUGCAUCCAGAGUUGCACACAUAGCAGACAGAGACAAAGGCAGCGCAGUCAUUUUCUCUCUCUCUCUCUCUCUCUGGCUGUGAUGGAGAGAAAAGAGAAAGAAAGAAAGAAAAGAGAGAGAGAGGGCGAGAGACCAGCUGCUGGUGGGGGUGGACAGAGCCUCUUCAGCGCCACACAGACGGAUCACUCUGGAAAGAACGCAUCACUUGUGCUCGUUUGUUGAGCUGUCACAUUUUAAUCCCUGGGCCCAUUUGGGAACCAACUCUGCACACCCCUCACUCUCUUACUUUCUCUCCCCAACACACAGCAGAACUCCCCCACCCCCACUGAAACCCCCAGCCCCUGCCCCCGUCAGCAACUUCCACCUCUGUGCUGUCGCCUGCGGUGUCAGGUACACAACACUCAUAUACUUUCACCAAAGGCCCAAACCCCCGACAACUGGCCUGCCUCAUGUCUAUCAAGAACACCAUGUGAAGAGGAAGGGGAGUCAGCUCUUUGAUAUUAUGUUGGUCUGUGUGCCUUAUAUUUUUACUGAUAUUUAAGAGAAAGAAAAACAGAAAAAAGAGAACUCUACUAUUUAAGAUAGGUUAUUUAUUUUUGAGGGUUGACUAUGUUGACGCUCAGAGUAGAGACUUAGUGGCAGUACUGUAUUAAUAUUAUUAUGUACUCAUCUCAAGGCAUAUAUAAGUUAUUGAUUAGUUUUAGCAAUAUUAUUAUUAUGAUUAUGAUUAUUAUUAUUAUUAUUAACAUACUCAACCAAAAAUGUUGAUGUAGGAGUUAUUUAAGAUAUAAUUCUGUUAUGUGCACUGUACUUUUUAAAAAAAAUCUUUUUGAUUCUUUAGAAAAUGACAUUAAAUAUUGGUUAGCUUAAUGCAUUUUGUAUGGAAGAACCUUAUUUAAAUGCAGGCCUGUUUGCAUGCAGAUUGUACCCUGCCUCUUCUGUGUUUAGAGGAGAGGAAAAAAAAGAAUAAUAACAAAAAAAAAAACAAGCGAAAAAUGCUGCUUUCUCCACUAGAAUGUAUAGUUGUGGUCGAGGUUCCAGUAGCUGUGCUUCUUUUUGCUUAAUAUUCUUCAGAUGGGGCUAUUUUACACUGUUGGGAAUUUUUAUACUUGAACUAUUUCUUACAAGGGAAAUAUGAAAAAAAAAAAAAAAAGAAAUGACAAAAAAUCUUUUUAAAGAAGCUUUUCAUUGUCACUGGAUGAAGGCAUGUUAAGUGUUACUAUUUAAAUACAAAGGUCCUGUUGAUAUUAAAACCUUUACUCCAGAUUUCCAACACCAUUUACUCAAAAGUAUAAAUAAAAAUGUUCUGUAAAUAA